CCCUGUUACAGCCUUGGUAGGAAGAAGAAGCUAUAAUCCUCACUGUCCAACAAUUAACAAAUUCAGCCGUCAGAUCGAGGGCACAACAGAGGAAGCAACGACGCCGUAUUAAGUUAAAAUUGGGGAAUCAGCUUAAGUGCGAUGACGUCACGUUCCAAAUCAAAUGUUCUGGGUUUUCAACAGAAUGCGCACUCCAGCCUGCAGUCGUACCUCUCAGCACCACCACUUCCAAUUCCUAACUUCUUUCUGUUUUUAGUGCUUUGUUAUAAGAAAAGGAUAUUGCUAACCUAUAAGGACGGAACGCGGAUGAAGGAACUCAUGGAUAUGCAAAAAAAACAGGAGCUUUGGCUGAUGGAGGAAAAAUCGAAACGUCAAGUCCAUGAACAACAAGUGCAGGCACAAUUCGAAAACAUGAUGGGCAUUCAAGCGGGUUUACAAAAUUCCUAUUCCGAGCUCGUGGACAGUCAGAAGACCAUCCAGCUUCAAUUGCAAGGCCUUUUGGACCAAAUGCAGCAUCUCAAUCGUGGGAAAUCUGUUCUGGGCGAGGCCCCAGUUCCCCCUAAAGAGCGAACGCCGAGCUCACGACCUGAUUCGGAGUUCUCUGGUUCACAAGGUUGUUUCCCUCCUAUUUCCAGCAUUGAAUUUCCCAGGUUUAACGGGGAUGAACCUCGAGGUUGGAUCCGGAAGUGUCAAUGGUAUUUCCAGACAGUUUAUACCAUCCCUGAGGAUCAACGAGUUUCCUUGGCUUCCAUUCAUCUCUCUGGUCGCGCCGAGUUAUGGUUCCAAGGGCUGGUGGAAAAAGGGUUACCCUCUUGGCAAGAAUUUAUUGAGGCAGUUUAUGAACGAUUCGAGGGAAGAGAUCCAGGAGCUGUCUUGGGUGAAUUCAAUACAUUGCAGCAGGGUACUAAAUCAGUUGAACAGUACUUAGAGAACUUUGAGGAGCUUAAGUCUCAUGUUAUGGUUUUUCAUAGCAACUUCCCUGAAUCCUACUAUGUAACCUGUUUCAUUAAUGGACUACGACCAGACAUCAAGGGUCAGGUUAUCUCUCUACGCCCAACUCGACUACAUCAAGCCGUAGCUCUAGCUAAAAAUCAAGAGAAUACCGUGAACGCCAUUUUGCAACUUGCAAACCCGAAUACCAAACCGUGGCCUCACUCCAAGCAAUUCUCUGCACCCAAACCUACAUCUAAUCCACUACCACCUAAACUCUAUCAUCCACCUCCAAAACCUAUGUCUAGAAAGAUGACCACCCAAGCUCCCAUUCGCAGAAUCUUGUCUGAAGCUGAAAUGCAAGCUCGUAGGAGUAAAAACUUGUGCUAUAACUGUGACGAAACCUUUCGCCCUGGGCACAAAUGUAAACAACAGUUUAUGUAUUGUAUCCUUACUGAGGAGGAGGCAACGUUUGAGCAAGAAGAGGAAGGAGAUCCCACUGACCCCCCACCCAUAGACAUGACUGUUUCUGUCAAUGCAUUAAGUGGCAACACAGAUUUCUACACAUUCAGGAUAAAAGGAAGGGCCUAUGGACAUGAAAUUCAGAUUCUGAUUGACGGUGUAAGUACCCACUGUUUCCUGGACAUCGAGGCUGCUAGUAAACUGGGGUGUGUUUUGGAACAAACUGACCCUCUAGUGGUAAGUGUAGCUGAUGGCCGCGAAAUGAUCAGUCAAUGGUAUUGUCCCACAUUCUCGUGGGAAAUACAAGGACAAGCAUUUACCCACCCCAUGCGCACUCUAACAUUGGGGGGUUGUCACAUGGUGUUGGGAGGAAACUGGUUGAGACUAUACAGCCCCGUGGAAUAUGAUUACAACGCAAUGACUGUCACAGUUUCUCAAAACGGUAAGAAACGGGGGUUCCAAGCCUUGACGCAGAAAGCUGAGUUGCAUAUGUUGUCUGCAAAGCAUAUCUCCAAAAUGGUGACUGAAGAUUCCUAUGGAUUCGUGGGUCAACUGUACGCUAUCUCUGUCCACCCCCCUUUACACAACAAGCUCAAUUCGCAACAAAAAGACCUCUCCAAUCUAUUGGCUGCCUUCACCGAUCUUUUUCAGGAGCCUCAAGGCUUGCCUCCUAACAGAGAAAUUGAACACAAAAUCCUACUUAAGCAGGAUGCUGUCCCCAAGAAGAUGCAUCCGUACAGAUAUUCAUUUGCUCAAAAGGGUGAAAUUGAGGCAAUUGUGAAGGGUAUGUUGAAGGAUGGUAUCAUUCGGCCAAGCCAAAGUGCAUUUGGGUCCCCUGUUUUGUUAGUCAAAAAAAAGAUGGAACAUGGCGCAUGUGUGUGGACUAUCGAUAUCUAAACAAUUUCACCAUUAA